CCAUACCGUGGAGGUGGUGGUCAAAAACGUGAAGCUGACCCAUACCGUGGAGGUGGCGGCCAAAAACGUGAAGCUGAAGCAUACCGUGGAGGUGGCGGCCAAAAACGUGAAGCUGAACCAUACCGUGGAGGUGGCGGCCAAAAACGUGAAGCUGAAGCAUACCGUGGAGGUGGCGGUCAAUAAUGUCGAGUUGAAUUUCUUAGAUUUUGCGGAUUAUAAAUCAUUUAAUUCAUUUCAUUUAUAUAUACUUAGAAACAUGUAUAAUCAUUCAUUUUUUGCAUAUAUAGCAUAUACAUACUUUGCAUCUUAAUAUCAACCUAUAUAGAUUGGUGUCAUUUGUAAUUUUUUUGCACUUUUCAUUCAUUGUUUGUAAUUUUCAUUUCAUAUUAUCAUAUUCAUUUUUUCAUUUGUAUUCAUUUGUAUUCAUGUCUAUAUUUUGAUAUUUUGUAAUUUUUUUCUGUUCAUAUUCUUUCCUUUGUAACUGAAAGCCAUAUGGAUAAAGUAGUUCCUGUACCUUAUCCAAAAAUGUUACGACAAUUCAAUUGUAGGCACAAUAUAGUAUCAUAAAAAAAAGAAAAAAAAAAGAAAAGAAAAAGAAAAAAAAAAUAUAUAAUUUUUUCAUAUAAA